AUGAACUAUCUGUAUCACAAUCAAUUCUUUACUGCCAAUAACAACAAUGAAGAUCCAUUGAUGGCUAAUUACUACUACUAUGAUAACAGUAUAAGCCCACAUCAACAAACUAAUGCUGUCAUUAAGCAGCAAAAUGUAAUACCAGUGUACCCAUACAGCAAUGACUAUGCUGAUGUGCUGCAGGACGAUACCUUUUCAAUUGCCUCCUAUCCCAUUGUUCCUGAUUUGCAUGCUGCUCUUCCUCUCUCUAUCGCUUCUGCAGCCACAUACCUUCAUGUGGAUCAAACACAGCCAUUUUAUUAUCAAUCAGAUCUAUCUCCUCAAUUAUCUGAAUGCUUUAGCACCAGUAGCACUAGCACCAGUAGCUUCAAUAUGUAUUACUAUCCACACGAUCCAGCCUUUAUGGAUUCUUUGUUUCCUCCAGUCAUGGAUAGUAACAGCAACAACGACAGCAGUAGUAGUAGUAGUAGUAGUAAAAAGAAGCGAAAGACGACAUCAUUGACUGAUAAAAGACACAUUUGUCCUGUCUGUAGCCACAGAUCAAAACGCAAGCAUAAUCUUGUCGAACAUAUGCUGACUCAUAAUCCUCAUCGACCCAAGUCCUUUUUGUGCAGCCAUUGUGCGCGGCCUUUCGCUCGAAAAUACGACAUGAAACGCCAUGAAAAGAUCCACACACGAUCUAUUUAA